CUGCAUGUCCCCAUCCGGAUACGUGACAUGUCCCCCAAAUGUCACAUGACUCAGAGACCUGACAUGUCGGAGACCUGUCACUGCUGUGGCCAGGUAGCUCAUGUGAAACAGGAUGUUGUGGGGACCAUAGCAAGAACCCAGUGGGGGGAGCAGAGAUUGAAUCUUCAUCAUGGAUGUAGAAAGUCUUCGUCAGUCCCUGGCUGAAGCUGGUCAGAGCCAUGUGCUGCAGUUUUGGGAUGAACUGUCUGAAACCCAACGCUCUCAUUUACUGGAGGAAUUGCAGGGUUUGAGCUUCCAGGAGCUCAACGGAUUCUUUCGCAGAGCCAUGGACGCCUUUUCUGUAACUUCUACGCAAGAAAAAGUGGACGCCAGGAUGGAGGCAGUGCCAAGAGACAUCCUCGGCAGCGUCACACGGGACCGCGAGCAUCUCGGUGACUGGGAAGCUGAAGGUUUUACUCAUAUUGCACAAGGCAGAGUAGCCGUUCUGCUUCUAGCUGGUGGGCAGGGGACCCGAUUGGGGGUGACGUACCCAAAGGGUAUGUAUGAUGUGGGCCUGCCUUCUCACAAAAGCCUUUUCCAGAUCCAGGCUGAACGUAUCUUGAAGUUACAGAGGCUGGCAAAGGAGAAGCAUGGGAAGGACUGUAUCAUUCCAUGGUACAUCAUGACCAGCGGUCGCACUAUGGAAUCCACUGUGGAGUUCUUUCAGAAACAUCGUUAUUUUGGGCUGAAUGAAGAAAACAUUGUACUUUUUCAGCAAGGGAUGUUGCCAGCUAUGAGUUUGGAUGGGAAGAUCCUUAUGGAGGAAAAGGGCAAGCUUGCCAUGGCUCCAGAUGGUAAUGGAGGACUGUACAGAGCUUUGGGUGCACACGGAGUGCUCCAAGAUAUGGAGAAACGAGGCAUAGAUUACAUACAUGUCUAUUGUGUAGACAACAUCUUGGUGAAGGUGGCGGAUCCAGUGUUCAUUGGCUUCUGUGCGGCUAAGGAAGCAGACUGUGGAGCCAAGGUUGUGGAGAAGAUGAAUCCCACUGAACCAGUCGGCAUGGUCUGCCGUGUGGACGGUGUCUACCAGGUGGUGGAGUACAGUGAGAUCACCCUGGCGACUGCUCAAAAAAGAAGUGCGGACGGAAGACUUAUGUAUAAUGCAGGCAACAUUGCCAACCACUUCUUCACCAGAAGGUUCCUGCAGCAAGUGGUGGAGGUCCAUGAACCUCAGCUGCAGCACCAUGUUGCUGUGAAGAAAAUCCCUCAUGUGGACGCUCGUGGUUUGCUUAUUCACCCUGAAAAACCCAAUGGGAUAAAGAUGGAAAAGUUUGUGUUUGACAUUUUCCAGUUUGCAAAGAAGUUUGUGGUGUUUGAGGUGCUUCGGGAGGAAGAGUUCUCUCCGCUGAAAAAUGCAGACAGCCAAAAUGGGAAGGACAAUCCUAGUACUGCACGCCAUGCACUUAUGUCUUUACAUCACUGCUGGGUUCUCAAUGCAGGAGGACACUUUGUGGAUGAGAAUUGCACCCGAAUCCCAGCUAUUCCCCUCAGUCCCAAACAAGAGGCCGGAAGCGGGCAUGAGCACACACAAAACAACAUGAAGGAUGCCGGUGACUUGCCAAUUCAAUGUGAAAUCUCUCCACUUGUUUCCUACGCUGGAGAGGGUCUGGAACUGUAUGCCAAAGACCAGGAGCUCCACGCACCACUUAUAAUCGACGAGAACGGAGUCCAACAGCUGGUGAGGAAUGGCGUGUGUCACUAGAAGCUGCCAGAAGCGGAGCUCCUUCCUGCAUAUGUAGUAAUAUUUCUGGUGGGGAGGGGGCGCCACUGAUUGAAGGGUACUUGAACAUAUGACUUCAGUGGGUCUUCCUGGCCCAUCUCUACCAAGAACUGGACUUCGGACCUUUUUAGCCUAGAUUUUUACUGCCAAACACAUGUCCCUAUUUAUAGCGGGCUCCAUCAUGAAGGUGAAUAUUAACUAUUUUUUUUAAAUUUGUAUAUAGUAAUCUAUUCUACAUUCAAGAGUUAUUUUAAAGUAUUGCAUCAUCUUUUACUGUUUUUUGUAUUUAAUUUUGGUUAAGGUUAUUUCUUUGAAAAAAUAAAUAAAAUUAAAUUAAAUAAA